AAUAAAAAUAUUACGUAUUAUUUUGAAAUGAUAAAAGUACAUUAUUACGUAUAAGUUUGUUUCCAAAAUCUGAUAAAUAAUAACUAUAGAAGAAAAAAUGAUUAGUAAUUUGUUUAAAAAUUUGAAUUUGAUUAAUUUUCUACAAUCGAAUUAAUGACCAACACACCGGUAUACACAGCACAGUCCACAAUCAGAUGUUGCCAAAUACUACUUUAGUUAAGGACAUCGCACAUGUUUUCAAACUGAAAAUUGCAUAUAAAGCGAAAUUGUAGAAUUUGAACUAAUCACAAUUUUCUUUGAAUUUGUUAGUAUUUUGUAUCAGAUAUAACGGUUUGAUUAAUAGCUGAAAUAUUUUGUCAAAAUAUUUUAUUUCUAUUAUGCAAUUAUCAAUACAAUGAUUAGUUUCUUCAAUUUCAUGGAAGACAACCACUAAUAUUAAUCAGGCACUUUAGAGAAUUUUAUUAUCGCCGAUAUUAAUAAUUCAAAUACUCUGUAGUCUGAAUUCAUUGGCUAUAUAUUUUAUUGGUGGUUGGUUUAUGGUUACUUGCACCUUUCUAGAGAUGGGCUUAACCAAUUGUUUGUUGUACUUUUAUUCCGGUUUAUAUAAAACUUUGAAUUCACUACAUUUUUAAUUUGAGUUAUAAGAAACUAUUUAUUAAUAGCUACUUUAAUGAUUUCCAGAUAAGGAUUGAAGUAAUUUUAAAAUUAAUUAAAAAAUCAAGUAAUUUUAGGAUAGUAACAGGAAAUAUGUGUCUAAUUAUUCGAAUAAAGGAAAUAUAUUUAUCUAAGUUCAUUCAAAGUUAGUCAACUAUUAUUUUAUAUAUACAUAUGUUGUAAUUUCGUCUAGAUUUUUCAUAAAAAAUCAGUUUAAAACAACAGGUGAAAAAUGACGUUUAGAUCUAUUUCAGACCUGAAAUCAAUACGAUUUAUAUUGAAAAAUCAUUCAUUGUAUUGGUAUGUUCUGAUGUAAGAUACGAAGCGUUUUUAGUAUUGAAACGCAAACAAUGAUUUGCAGACUUUACAUUUAAAUUGUUAGAAAGUUUUUGAUUUGUAUUUUUAAUACAAUGGACGAUUUGUCGGCCAGUUUGCACACUUAUUUGAAUACGGAUAUUUUGAAACUCUUGAAUGAAGCUCAAAUUAUUACUGUAAUAGAUUUUAUGAAUUGCGAAACUAAGAAGAUUGAGAAGAUAACUUCUUUAGCACUUAAGGAAAUUUUAGAAAUUAGAAAGGAGCUUUUGAAAAAGUAUUCACGUUUAAGAAGCGCAUUUGAUUGUUAUCAAAACAUUUUAUACGAAUUUGCAAUAAUUCCUACAGGUGUUGAAAAGUUGGAUUUAUUAUUGGAAGGAGGCUUGUGUACAGGGAAUAUAUAUGAGAUAUGUGGAUUACCAGCUUCAGGAAAAACUUUAUUUUGUUUAACUUUGAUUAAAAAUGUAGCUCUGUCUUCUACUGAUGAAAUAAUUUAUUUAGAUACAAAAUGUGAUUUUUUAGGAAUAAAAAUGAAACAGAUGUUAUCAUCUUUGAACAAGGAAGAUUUAAUAUUGACUAUGAACAAAAUACAAGUCGCCAGAGUUUUUACAAAAAAUGAUUUUCUUGGUCAUUUACUUACCCUGAAACAUUCCAUAGAAAGCGGAUCAUCUACCAAACUAAUAAUUAUUGAUUCUAUAGCUACUUUAUCAUUUCAGUCCUCAAAUCAAAACGAUAAUAAUUCAUUCCUUUCUUAUAUAGCCAGUAUUUUGCAUUAUCUAGCUAAAGAAUACAAUAUUGUUUUUGUAAUAACAAACUUGAUAACUUUAUGGAAUGACGGAGAUUUUAAAAAUAUAGAUGUGAUGAAAGAAACGAUCGCUUGUGGAAGUUAUUGGUAUGGAGUUCCUAAUGCAAGAAUUUCUUUGAAGAAGGAGAGAGGAGAAUGCAAAAUAACUCUAGUUAAAGCAGUGAAAUUCGUCCCAAAUAUUAAUUCCUGUUGUAUUAAAUAUACCGAUCAAGGAUUUGUUUAAACAAUUAUUGUUAGAAGUUUUAUUUCAUUUUGUAAAUCGAUAUAUUUUUGAUAUAUAAUUGUGAUUUUAUUGUA